GUAGCUAACUGCCUGGCUGAAAACUACUCUGCUCUGACUGGCCUUGAUGCCCUCAUCCAGGAUGGAGAACAUAUGUUGAUACCUGAGGAGGAAGCAGGGCAUAUCCUGGAUGAUGUGAAAUCCUGGGAGGUCUCUAACCCUGAAGAAAAACUUAAGAAACUGAUGAGUUUUAUGCAAACACUGGCCCACAAAACAAAAGGUUAUGACAUAUGGAUUAAUAGGUGUCUCAAAGAUUUAGAUCUGCAGAUUUUUCUCAUAAACACUGUCAACUUUUGCAAAAACCCAUCCAUUCAAAAAAUUCUGUUUAUUCAACCUCAGUUACACAGUCUUCUAGAACCUCAUGUCAACAAAGUAAAGUACUUUCCUCAGGUGAAGUCAAUGAUUCAGUGGAUCGACCAGACAGAGUCAGAGGAAAAGCAAGUCAAAAUCACUGAAUUGUCUGAAUUCCUUAAAACUCUGAAAGAAAUCCAAAAAGCUCUCAUGGAAGCAAAUAACAAAUCUGAGUCCCUAGAAACAGUGGAAGAGGCUCAAAGAAAAGCUACCUGUGUGGUCACCACAGCUCUUAGCUCCUUCUUGAACUAUCUCAGAGAAGCAGAGCAGCCAGACAUGCAGCUGCUACUACUCUGCAUUGCAGCUGGUGCAGGCUAUCAGCUGGAAAGCAAUGUUUUCCAGCCUCUCCUGGGGUGCACUGAGAUAAAUUUCCUACUGGAUGAAAUACAAACUGUCCAACACAGAUAUCAGGAGCUCAAAACUAUCUGCACAGACAGGGCACAGGCAUUCCUAGUGCUCAAAGCUCUGACCACCACAGUGAAUGUCUCAGAGAUUUCUCCAGAAGAAAAAACACAACGCUUGGGAUUAAUAAGACAGCAUAUGGAGCAUUUACAAUUGUCUACAAAAUUUGGACAAGUCCUCACAAAAUUUGAAACAGAUCAUGAUUGGGAAAAUCUAGAGAAUAAUUUGAGAUUAUUCAUUGAUGGGAAUUAUGAAGACACCAUCUCUGCUUUGAAAGUGGAAGAAGUGAAAAAACAGCUGCAAAUUCUUGACCUUGAAAAGAAAGAGACUUAUAAUCAACAAGAUAAUGAAAACAACCAAAAGGAAAACAUAGAAAAGGGACCGUUGGUAGAUUUACUCCAGCGUCUAGGUCUAGAACAUCACUACCCAAAAAGGAUGAGCAGAGCUGAUUUCCAUCUGAUCUAUAAGACUUCUGGGUACAAUACACAGCCAAGAUCUGAACAGGAACUUCCCUUCUAUUUCCUACAAAAGCUACUGAUGCUAGAU